AUAAUUUUUUGAAAAAAAAAUCCAAAUUGAAAGCAAUUCCUUAAAACCAACAAAAAAAAUAAUAAACAGACAAGCAUGAGUAGAAUGCCUUUGGGACCCGGUCCAGCUGCUUAUAUGUUGCCCUCAGCAUUUGGCUACUACGAUGGCAAUCAGUUAUGUCAGCAUGCCAAGGGCUACUCCUUCGGUUUGCGCGGUAAAGAUUUGAUUAAGAAAAUCGGUCCCGGACCGGGUGCAUAUAGAACGUUUGCAUUGACACGUUAUGGCAGAAGUCGUUAUUUCAAGUUUACUUAGGUGAGGGAUGGUUGGCUUCUGAGGCGUGUUGAAUGAUUAAAUGUAAACGUUAACCGUAUGGAUUUAACUGAGGAUUUUUAAU